AUGCCCGGCAUGAUGGAGAAAGGGCCCGAGCUGCUGGGCCGCGGCCCGCGCGCGGCCAACGGCGGCGGCGCCAAGAGUCCGGCGGGCGGCGGGAGCGGCGGGGGCGGCGGGGGCGCGGCGGCCACCAACGGCGCGCUGGCGGCGUCGGAGCCCGAGAGCGGCGGCAGCAGCAGCGACGACGAGCACGGUGAUGUGGGGAUGAGAGUCGGCGCCGAAUACCAGGCUCGGAUCCCGGAAUUCGAUCCAGGUGCCACCAAGUACACGGAUAAAGACAAUGGAGGGAUGCUUGUGUGGUCCCCCUACCACAGCGUGCCCGAUGCCAAGUUGGAUGAAUAUAUCGCGAUUGCCAAGGAGAAGCAUGGCUACAAUGUGGAGCAGGCACUGGGCAUGCUGUUCUGGCACAAACAUAACAUCGAGAAGUCCCUUGCCGACCUUCCCAAUUUCACCCCCUUCCCGGACGAGUGGACAGUGGAAGAUAAGGUCCUGUUUGAACAAGCCUUUAGUUUUCAUGGGAAGAGCUUCCACCGGAUCAGCAGAUGGUACGGCAUUUUGCUUCCAGACAAGACAAUUGCUAGCCUUGUAAAAUAUUACUAUUCUUGGAAAAAAACUCGAUCUAGAACAAGCCUGAUGGACCGCCAGGCUCGUAAACUGGCCAACAGACAUAAUCAGGGUGACAGUGACGAUGAUGUAGAAGAGACACAUCCUGUGGAUGGAAACGACAGUGACUAUGACCCAAAAAAAGAAACCAAGAAAGAGGGAGGCACCGAGCAGCCUAUGCAGCCCAGCAAGGUGGGCCUGGGGCGCAGAGAACACCAGAGCCUGCAGCACCGCCACCACUCGCAGCGUGCCAAGUGCCGGCCACCCAAGGGCAUGUACCUGACACGGGAGGAUGUGGCCGCUGUGUCCUGCAGCCCCAACGCAGCCAGCACAAUCCUGCGGCAACUGGACAUGGAGCUGAUCUCACUGAAGCGGCAGGUUCAGAAUGCUAAGCAAGUAAACAGUGCACUUAAGCAGAAAAUGGAAGGUGGGAUCGAAGAAUUCAAGCCUCCGGAGUCAAAUCAGAAAAUUAAUGCCCGUUGGACUACAGAGGAGCAGCUUCUAGCAGUGCAAGGUGUCCGCAAAUACGGUAAAGAUUUCCAAGCUAUUGCAGAUGUAAUUGGCAACAAGACUGUUGGCCAAGUGAAGAACUUCUUUGUAAACUACAGGCGUCGGUUUAACUUAGACGAGGUCUUGCAGGAGUGGGAAGCGGAGCGAGGAACCCAGGCCUCUAACGGUGAUGCUUCCGCUUUAGGGGAAGAGUCCAGAGGCGCGUGCCCUGUGCCGCCAGGGAGGAGCGCGGAUGAAGAAGAGGAGGCCCUGCUGGCACAAGCGCCUCGGACUCCAUCCACACCAACACCCUCAGCCCCCGCGGCCACGCUGAACCAACCUCCACCUCUGCUGCGGCCCAGCCUGCCCGCUGCCCCAGCGUUGCACCGGCAGCCGCCCCCCUUGCAGCAGCAGGCACGCUUUGUGCAGCCCCGGCCGACCCUCAACCAGCCGCCGCCGCCUCUCAUCCGCCCCGCUAGUUCCUUGCCACCGCGCCUCAACCCCAGGCCUGUGCUGUCUGCUGUGGGGGGCCAGCAGCCGCCGUCCCUCAUUGGCAUCCAGACAGACUCGCAAUCCUCACUGCACUAGAGGCCCGGUGGACUGAGUGGCCAGCACCACCCGUCCCAAGGGCCCAUCCUCCCUGGGGCUGCCCACCCGUGGACUGGCAGGGCUAGCCCAGCUCUGCAGGCUGACGUGGGAAACAGCCUGAAGCCUGCAGCAACUCCCUUCCAGAAUGUUCCUGCAGCUAUGUGAUCUCACAAAGGAAGAACAAGAUCAAGUAUUCUAUAUAUCAAGGGGUUUGUUUUGUUUUGUUUGUUUUUGGGUUUGUUUUUACUGUAUUUAUUUGACGGAGAUUCUUUCUAUUCCUGCCUCUGUGUAGUCAAGGCUCGUCGUACCAGGAGACUGGCUUAGGAAUCAGGAACACUCCUUGCGUCUCUUUAGGACGUCGGACUUUGGGUCUUUAACUUAAUUGACAGCAUUUUCCUAUGUUAGGAGUGCAAGAUGGGACAGCCUGCAUUUCAGAUUUGAAGUAUGUCCAUUAAGAAUUAGAGCUGCAAGUCCCUUUUUUCAAAAAAAGAAAAAAAAAAAGUCUUGCUUUUUUUUCUAAAGGAAUGUUGACCUAUUCCUUUAAAAGAAAGCAAUUUAGUCAAUUGCAAAGCAAUUAUAUGAAACCACAAAGAAUGUACUGAACCCGCUAACCUUAGCAUAAAGUUUAGGGUGCUUGUGUGGGGGUCCAGCCCUGUGGUCACCAGCCUGCCACCGGGUGAGGACAGAAAAUGAGAAAUUAGUUCCACAUCUGGCUGAUGGCUUAGUUGUGGAAGUAGAGCAUCUUUAAGUUCCUUGCAAGUGUUCAUUUGGAUUUUUUUUUAACAUGUUUCUAAAUGCUAUCUGCUUUUAACUAGUACUUGCCUAUAUUUGAGGGUUUAGAAGAGAAUUCUAUUUUAUCAGGAAUGUGGAUAUAGUGGUCCUGGAAGCAUUUAUUUACAAAACCCUUUCUGGGUUUCUUUUUUGAACUCGAAAUGUCCUCCUACAUAUUAAUAUGGUCUGCAUUGGAUCAGAAGGUUGUUUUCUUGAGGAAACACUCGUUUUCCCAUUUGGAUAUCUCUGUGUCUUGCAGCCAAGGAAUUCCUGGACUCGGGUUUGGUUUAGGGUUAAAUUAUCAACAUUAUUUCACACACAAUAAAUUGAAGAAUCCGUUCUGUGUUAUGUAAAGAUGUAUCCAUAUAUUGUCCCCGUUGUACUGCUCAUGAAAAAUGCCAAGACCCUUUUUAUAGAGAAACAGGCAAACACUUUGAAUACUGGUUGAGUACAUAACCACUGAGUACCUAUCAAGGCUCAGCAGUGGUCGUGGUCAGUGCUCCUGCUGUGUGCUCCCGGCUCCCACACAGAGUUCUGUGCCAGGACCAUGGCCAGUGAGGGGCAGGUGGCAACACAGAUAGAAAUACAGACCUCAUUAUGGUCAUGCUGCUUCCCAGAGCUGGAGAGAUAGUAUGGUGGGAUGGGCACUGGCCUUGCACAUAUCCGACCUAUGUCUGAUCUCCAGCAUCCUACAUGGUGCCCUGAACCUCUCCUGGAGUGAUCCCUGAGUGCCAAGCCAGGACUCAGCCCUGAGCAUCACCGUUUGACGCCCAAAAACCAAAACCAAAAAAAACCUGUUUCCCACAGGAGACAGUUACACACAGGUCUCGCCCCAGUUGGAGGGUGGGGGUGGCCUGUGCCAGUGACUCCUGGGCCUCUAGGACUCAUUGGGACCCAUUGCCGGGUUCAAGUUAGGGAGUUCAGACCCACGACUUCCCCAUAAAGCACCUUUGGCUCCCGCUAAACAUCCAGGAACAUUUGCCUGCAUCUGUCCACUGUCACUUGAAUUGCCGCUGACGGUCCCUUCCUUUGGACAGGAGCCAGGUAUAAUCUGAUCCAAAAUGCUCCUGAGUCUAGGACUGGCACUUCCUUUGCUUUCAAAGGCCUGGGCACUCUUCUUCCUAGGGCCCCCAAGCCAGUGCACAGACUGCUGCUGCUGUGCUCGUUCUCCAGCCUGUCUCAUCCCUGUCAGGGCCCACACCGCCUUGCCCACUGUCCGGUGCCCCCUUGUGGCCUGUCCCCACCCAACCCCCAGAGCACACAGUGCAGACUUCCCUUAGUUCGAGACACGUGUAUAUAGUGACAUGUCUUCCUCGUGAGCUUGCCAUAUUUUGUAACGAUUCUGCACGCCAUUAUUUCCCUUUAUUAUUUUUUUUUUGGUUUGUUUAAGCAGUGUUUGGCCUGGAAGACUGAUGUGCUUGCUGCUUAAUCAAAGGAUUAAAGAGUUAAAGAUGUCUAUGUCUUCUAUUUUUAUAUAAGUUCAUGUUUAUAAGGAAUUUAGUACCUCUUCACUGUGAGAUUCUAAAUAAUAAUUUUUAUAUUUAAAAAAAGGCAAAACCCAGAACUCCUUUAAUGACCGUUAAUUAAUUUCAGCAUUAUUGCUUUUGAGGCUUUUUUUUUUUGAAAACCAACACCCAGUUGUUUUCUUCGUUCCAUUAUUAAAAACACUGUUGGUGCAGCCGAUACUAUGAAUGAAAAGUAUUUUUUCUAUGUAAUUUAAUUCUAGUGUAAAUGGAUGGAGGUCAAAAGUCAGUUACCAUCAGGACUUUUUCCAAAUACUCUUAUAAUUAAGUGAAUGAAGUGACUCAAAUCUAAUGUAAAAUAAAGAUGAAACGAUGUAAGAGUC